CCCCAAAGAAAGAAAGAAAGAAAGAAAGAAAGAAGGAAAAGUUUGGAAGAGGGCGAAGAGUGAGUUGUUGCAGGGGAUGUGAAGCGAGAGCGAGAGCGAGGGGCAGAGCAGGGGAUCCUCUGGGCGCCAUGGCUUCCCCUUCGUGCCCCCCUCCGGAGCCCCCGCCGCCCCCGGGCCCCUGCCCUCCCUUCCCGGCCCCGCCGUCGCCCUCCGGAGCCGGGCUCGCCUUCCAGCUGCAGAUCGGCCUCACCCGGGAGUCGGUCCUCCUGCCCUCCGCCGCCUGCGACCUGGCCCAGGUCAAGCAGCUCGCCUGCUCCAUCGUCGACCAGAAGUUCCCAGAGUGUGGUUUUUACGGUCUCUACGACAAGAUCUUGCUCUUCAAACAUGACCCAUCGUCAGCCAACAUCCUUCAACUGGUCCGAGCUGCCAGCGAUAUCCAGGAAGGCGACUUGGUGGAGGUGGUGCUCUCAGCUUCCGCGACUUUCGAAGACUUCCGGAUCCGUCCGCAUGCCCUCAACGUCCAUUCUUACCGGGCACCGGCGUUCUGCGACCAUUGUGGAGAAAUGCUUUUUGGACUGGUGCGCCAAGGCCUUAAAUGUGAUGGCUGUGGGCUGAACUACCACAAACGUUGUGCCUUCAGCAUCCCCAACAACUGCAGCGGGGCUCGAAAACGGCGCCUAUCGUCCACCUCUCUGGCCAACUCCCAGUCCUUGCGCCUUUCUAUCACCGACUCCUUGCCCUCUACGUCCGAUGAUCUGAGCCGGAGUUCGGUGGAGCUUUUGCCCCGCCGCCUGACAUCCUCCACGUACAUCGGCCGCCCCAUUGAACUGGACAAACUCUUCCUCUCCAAAGUCAAGGUGCCCCACACUUUCCUCAUCCACUCUUAUACCCGCCCCACUGUCUGCCAGUAUUGCAAGAAGCUCCUCAAAGGCCUCUUCCGCCAGGGACUGCAGUGCAAAGAUUGCAAAUUCAAUUGCCACAAGCGCUGUGCCACUCGAGUGCCCAAUGACUGCCUUGGAGAGACACUGUUUAACGGGGGAGAUGUUAUGAUGGAAGAGCCCAGCGACCUCAGUGAGGCAGAGAAGAACUCACUCAUGGAUGAAUCGGAUGACUCUGGGAUCAUCCCUGGGUCCCAUUCGGAGAACGAACUGCAGAUGGGCGAGGAUGCUGAUGAUAUCAGCAAACCUCAAGGCUCCAUGGGUUACAUCCCACUCAUGCGAGUGGUCCAGUCGGUCCGACAAACCACCCGAAAGUCCAGCACGGCUCUGAAGGAAGGCUGGGUAGUCCAUUUCAGCAACAAGGACACUCUGCGGAAACGUCAUUACUGGCGGCUGGACAGCAAAUGUCUCACCCUUUUCCAAAACAACUCCAGCAGUCGCUACUACAAGGAGAUUCCUUUGUCGGAGAUCUUGGCUGUAGAACCUGCCCGGGACUUUUCCCUGGUGCCUUCAGGGGCCAACCCUCACUGCUUUGAAAUCAUCACAGCAAAAGCCACCUACUACGUCGGGGAAAAUGGUGUUCCCAGUAACAACCAGCAUGGAGGGGACAGCCUGGAGCAAGCGAAGGCUUGGGAGACAGCCAUCCGCCAGGCUCUCAUGCCAGUCGUCCUCCAAGGCGUGGCUUCUGCCCAGGGCGAAGCACCUCACCGACAAGCAUCAUUGCGAAUCUCUGUGUCCAACAGUCAGAUCCAAGAGAAUGUGGAUAUAGCCACUGUCUACCAGAUCUUCCCAGAUGAAGUCUUGGGCUCUGGACAGUUUGGUGUUGUCUAUGGAGGGAAACACCGGAAGACAGGACGCGACGUGGCAGUGAAAGUGAUUGACAAGCUCCGCUUUCCUACCAAGCAAGAAAGCCAAUUGCGCAACGAAGUCGCCAUCUUACAGAGUUUGAGACACGCUGGGAUCGUGAACCUGGAGUGCAUGUUUGAGACACCAGAAAAGGUCUUUGUCGUGAUGGAAAAACUCCAUGGUGACAUGCUGGAAAUGAUCCUGUCUUCGGAGAAAGGUCGGCUUCCGGAGAGGAUUACGAAGUUCCUCAUCACGCAGAUCCUGGUGGCCUUGCGGCAUCUGCAUUUCAAGAACAUUGUGCAUUGCGACCUGAAGCCGGAAAACGUUCUCCUGGCUUCGGCUGAGCCGUUUCCCCAGGUUAAGCUGUGUGACUUUGGCUUUGCCCGCAUCAUUGGUGAGAAGUCCUUCCGCCGUUCGGUUGUGGGCACCCCGGCUUACCUGGCACCUGAGGUCCUUCUCAACCAGGGCUACAACCGCUCCUUGGACAUGUGGUCAGUGGGGGUCAUCAUGUACGUCAGCCUGAGUGGUACCUUCCCCUUCAACGAAGACGAGGACAUCAGCGACCAGAUCCAGAACGCCGCCUUCAUGUACCCACCCAACCCAUGGCGCCAGAUCUCUGUUGGAGCCAUUGAUCUGAUCAACAACCUGCUCCAGGUGAAGAUGAGGAAACGCUAUAGUGUUGAUAAAUCGCUCAGCCACUCAUGGUUACAGGACUACCAAACAUGGCUGGACCUCCGAGAACUAGAGAGCCGGAUGGCGGAGCGCUACAUCACACACGAGAGUGAUGAUGCCCGGUGGGAGCAGUUUGCUGCCCAACAUGGCCUCCCGUAUCCAGAUCACUUGCGGGUCCGCCGUCUGGAUGAAGAGGAGGAGGAAGAGGAGGAGCAACAGCAGGAGAUGGAGAUGAAGGGCUUGGCGGACCGGGUCAGUGUGCUCUGAAUUGCUCUUGCCAUCAGAUGGCCGAUGGCAGACAUCUCACAGAGGGUUGUGGUCACCCUUCUCCUCUUCUUGCAUCAUCUUCGGAGGUCAUUCUUUGGAACAAGACAACAGCAUCAACUGCUAGCACAAAAAGCCAAAGACAACUCAAGGGAAUGUCUGAAUUUUCACCCUUUCAUUUUGCAAAUUCUCCAUUUCUUCUCCCCUGGGAGAGAAGGACUCAGGCGACAAGCGAUUCUCUUAACUCCAACCCUGUUUGGGAGGAAGACACUGAAUGAUCAGAAGCUGAGGACCAGUUUUGAGGAGGAGCUGACGGAGGAAGGAAGGUGGAGAAACAAACCAAAUGCAUGGACUGCCUGCUACAGUCUGUGCAGUAAAAGGAUCUGGAGAUUCCCUUGUGCCAAACCUGGUGGGUUCAGGAGCCAAAUAUUUGCCCCUGGGACCAUCUGGAGUUGCUGAAAAAUCGCACACACACACCCAUGAAAAAUGCAAAAAUGGAAGUGUCAGUACCUCCACUCCUAGUUUGAAAACAUGUGGUCUUUUUCAUGUGCCACAGAACAACGGAACCCUGCAACCUAUUU